GUAAAAAGUGCAUACAGUGGGACUCCACCCACUAACCAAAAACCUCUACAAUCCCAUCAUAUUAAUCAUUUCAUACAAAAUAAUAUAUAAGUUCCCACGCACAAUAUUUGAGACCCCCUACCCAGAUGGUCUCAUCAUCAGCUGAUAAAAAACUGGCCAACAUUGUAGGAGGAAAAACGGCGAGGGCUUGUGAUAAUUGUAUAAGAAAGCGUGCUCGGUGGUAUUGUGCCGCCGAUGACGCUUUCUUGUGUCAAUCUUGUGAUGGUUCAGUUCAUUCGGCGAACCCUUUGGCUCGCCGACAUGAAAGGGUUCGUCUAAAAGUAGCUUCUUUGAAGCUAUCAUCUUUAGACAAACCUGAUCAUGAACCACCUCCGUGGCAUCACGGUUUCACAAAGAAACCAAGGACCCCACGGGGUGGUAAGCAUGCGUCUGUAGUUAAUAAUAAACAGCAGACGCAAAAAUCGGAAGAAAGUAGCAUGAUGAGCUUCAUUAAUCCGCUUCAUUUAGUCCCGGAGAUUGGUAGCGAUGAAGCCGCGUGCAACUUAACUUCCGAAGAUGAGCAACUUCUAUACCAAGUCCCGGUAUUCGAUCCUUUUGCAGCUGAGCUUUGUCAUUCGGGGAACUCGAAUACUGAGGUGGCGGCGUCUCCUCCUCCUCCUGCUAAACAAACUCCAGAGGGCCCCACAACUGAUGAUGAUACAAAUAAUAAUCAUGCUGGGGGGAAAGUAACGUUCGAUUUGAAUAGUUUGAACGGUUUAAUACUUCCAUCUGACAUGGAACUAGCCGAGUUCGCGGCGGAUGUGGAGAGUUUGUUAGGAAAAGGACUCGAUGAAGAAUCUUUCGCGAUGGAAGGGUUAGGGUUAUUAGAUAAUGACCAUCAUCAUCAUGAAAAAGUGAAAGUUGAACUACAAGACCAUGAUAAUAAUGAUCAGAGGGAGAUGAUGAGAGAGCCUUUUCAGUUGAGUUUCGAUUACGAUUCGCCUUUAUGGGACGACAAGGUGGCGAUGCAAAGUGGUUAUCAUCAUCAUGGGAAUAAUAAUAAUUAUACAGUGAAACAAGAUGAAGAUGAUGAUCAACAUAUCGUUGAUAUAGAUAUUGACAAGUUUGAUGAUGAUGACGAAAAGAAUAAGAAUAAACGAAUAUUGUUGAAGUUAGAUUAUGAUGGAAUCAUUGCUGCUUGGGAUGAAGAAAGAUCUCCAUGGACCACCGGUGACCGGCCGGAUUUGGAUCCUGAUGAUUGUUGGCCUGAUUGCAUGGGCGGGUGUGGAAUGAUGCAUCAGCAUCAUCAAUAUCCAUAUGGAGAAAUGGGGAUGAUGACCGGGAAUCCGGCAAUGUUAGAUGGAGGGCGAGAGGCGAGGGUGUCAAGGUACAGAGAAAAGAGGCGAACAAGGCUGUUUUCGAAGAAAAUCAGGUAUGAGGUACGGAAACUAAACGCGGAGAAGAGGCCUAGAAUGAAGGGGAGAUUUGUAAAACGGGCGUCUUCUUCAAUCAGUGUCGUUUCCUUUGCUUAAUUAUUACGAGUAGCAGUAAAUAGUACUUAAUUAACAAUAACGACUACAUAUCUUGCUAACCUACAUCCAUCCCAUGUUAAAUUUUUGUAAGUUAAGCUAUAUAUGUGUAAUUAGGUCUUUCCAAAUUAAGAAUGUUCAUAUAUAUAAAUUCAAUAAAUGAAAUACAAGAGAAACAAUCGUACGUGUUUUGCAAUUAA